AUGGAGAAAGUUGAUAAUGAAAUAGAUAAUCAACCAAACACGACCUUAGACGAAGCACGAAGAUUAUUGCCGCCAUGGGAAUCGUCGAAGACAACCAAGACUCCAUUAAUGAAUACUACUAUGGUUGCCUUCAUCAUCUGCUUCCUUUUCUUCGGAGCUUUUGCGUUUUUUCAUUUCAAAAACGACUCAAAUUUCUUAGGUUAUUACUCCCGGAAAUCAAGUCCAAGUAAUCUUUCACCAGAGUAUGAAGUUACAUAUUUACCCUCACUGAAUUGCACAAGAAGUGAAGAUGAUAAAAAAGAUUACAUAUCAGUUAAAAGGGCAAAUCGGACAUACGAGAUUCCAUCAAAUAUGACGUGUCCAAAUUACUUCCGUUGGAUUCACGAAGAUCUACGGCACUGGAAGAAGAGUGGAAUCACAAAGGAGAUGUUAAACAAAGCCAAAGAAAAAGCAAACUUCAGGGUAAUAAUCAUCCGCGGGCGUCUCUACAUAGAAACAUACAGCAAAGCAUUUCAAAGCAGAGAUGUUUUCACAAUAUGGGGAUUUAUCCAAUUACUAAGAUGGUAUCCUGGUAGAAUUCCUGAUCUUGAUCUGAUGUUCAAUUGUGAUGAUCCUCCAGCCGUUGGAUCAUCAUCUAUGGAGUACCAUAAUAAUGGUGGUCCUCCUCCUCUGUUUAAAUAUUGUUCUGAUAAAAUGAGUCUUGAUAUUGUGUUCCCUGAUUGGUCAUUUUGGGGAUGGGCUGAAGUUAAUAUUAAGCCAUGGAAGAGUUUGAUAAAGGAAAUGAAACAAGGGAAUAAGGUUAGGAAUUGGGAAGAUAGAUUUCCAGUUUCUUAUUGGAAAGGAAAUUCUUAUGUGGCUACAACUAGGAGAGAUCUUUUCAAUUGCAAUAUUUCAAAUAUUCAUAAUUCUCAUGCUCUUCUUUAUCAACAAGAUUGGAUUAAGGAAUCCCAACAAGGGUUUAAGGAAUCUAAUCUUGCCAAUCAGUGCAUUCAUAGAUACAAGAUAUAUAUAGAAGGAAGGGCAUGGUCUGUGAGUGAGAAAUAUAUAAUGGCGUGUGAUUCACCGACUUUGUAUGUUGAUUCGAGUUAUUACGAGUUUUUCUCGAGGAGUAUGUUUCCGAUGGAACAUUAUUGGCCUAUAAAUUCUAAUGAUAAAUGUAAAUCUCUCAAGUUUGCUGUGGAAUGGGGCAAUAAUCACACUUCAAAGGCAAAAGAGAUAGGGAAAGAAGGAAGCAAUUACGUAAUGGAUCAAGUAAAGAUGGAAUAUGUGUACGAUUACAUGUACCAUUUAUUAAAGGAAUACGCUAAUCUCUUGAAGUUUAAACCGGAGGUGUCCGUAAACGCGACAGAGAUGUUCCCGGAAUCCAUGGCGUGCACCGCAGACGGUGUCUGGAAGGAAUUUAUGAUGGAAUCGUGGGAGACGGAUCCCAGUGAGAGAUCGCCUUGUUCUUUAUCUCCGCGUUUCAGUAAGAAAGAGCUUAAAUCUCUCCGUCUCAAGAGAGAAAGAUCGAUUAAGAAUGUUGAAUCAAUGAAAAACGAUUAUUGGAAGAAUCGGAAAUGGUAACUAAUACUCAAUAGUCACCAUUGUCUAAUGUAUUAACAAAUUUUUGUCUUUUUUUUUGUUUGUUAAUGUAAGACUUAUAAAACAAUGGUCAAAACAAUAUAGAACUUACAUCUUAGAAUUACCCAUAUAGUAAUAAUUAAUAGAUCGUGGCAGAAACGUUGGAUUCAAUUAUACCUUUUUUUCUUCUCAA